UUACUAUAUAGGGCUACUCGAUUUCUUAAUUAAUUCUCACCUACAUAUUUUGAUCAGGCUAACAAUCCGACCACCCGACCACCACAGACCGCGGGAACAGAGAGCCAUCGGAGAAGAUGAGUUACCAGAAAGCUCCUCAAGAACCCUACCCUCCACCAGGAUAUCAGUAUCCGCCUCCUGGGUACCCAUCAGCUCCACCACCACCGCCACCGUACGAAGGGUACCCUCCUCCGCCGCCUCCACCGUACGAAGGCUAUCCACCACCACCACCACCACCUGGGUAUCCUCACGGAUAUGGUCCGCCUCCGCCCCCGCGUGGUCCGCCGUACGAGGGGUACCAAGGGUAUUUCAAUCAGGGGUACCCUCCGCCACCUCCUCCUCCUCCGCAGCAAUACCAGCACUAUCACUGUGAGCAUAACAAUUACCAAGGCCAAGAUGGUUGUAUGCCUUUCUUACGAGGCUGUUUGGCUGCGCUAUGCUGCUGUUGUUUGCUGGAGGAGUGCUGCUUCUUUUGAUGAUAUUGAAAAUGGAUUGUUUCUCAAGCCACUUCCAUAAAUUUGAGCGUCGUAGUGUAUUCUUUGUUAGACUCGAGAGGGCUUUUGGAAUGAUUUAUGGUAUAUUCUUGUUUCGUGCAAUGUUCUACCCUAAAACUUGUUAAUUGCAGCAGUAAAGACUACAGAUUUGAAGUGUGGAUUUAUGAA